GCCCUCAUACGCGUUUAGACCGAGUCGCAUCGCGGGCGGCGUGAGCUCCUCUGCUCCGACGCGCGUUUUUUUUUUAUACACACACACCAGUCCGUUCCUGCCUUUACCUGUUCCUCAAACCCGUGUGCGACAGCGCGACACCUUGGACUGUGUUAUUUCUUUCGGUGUGCCUGGUUCCUUCGGGGGGUUUUGUGUGUUUUUUGGAAGAAGCCAAGUGCGCGCCUACACCGACACUCCUUUGGAUGGCCGGCGAACGUGGUGUGGCGUCUCCGAGAAGCAUGGGUGCCUUGCGGUGGAGCACCUUCUCCGCGCCCCUGCGGUCAACGUCGUCUCUGGCGGUCGUCUUCGCCAUCGUUCUCAUCACCGUCGCGUGUUGCGGCGUACGGACAGUGGAUGCGUCCAACCAGUGCUCCACGAGUCAGUUCAAGUGUGCCAAGCACGAGAAAUGCAUACCCAAGACCUGGCGAUGCGACGACGAAGACGACUGCGGAGACGGCUCGGACGAAGAGAACUGCGAGAAGCGAACAUGUUCGGAGAUGGAGUUUGCGUGCAAAAACGGCCACUGCAUACCAAGCCGGUGGCAGUGCGAUAAUGAGCCCGACUGUGACGACCGCUCGGAUGAAGACGUGGCAAUCUGCAAGAACAAGACAUGCUCUCCAGACCAGUUCGCUUGCAAGUCACACGAAGGCGUCUGCAUUCCUAUUACUUGGCGGUGUGAUGGGCAGGAGGACUGUAUUGACGGCUCUGACGAGAAAGACCACUGCUCUGCGGUGACGUGCACGCAAGAAGAAUUUUCGUGCGACAACGGCAAGUGCAUCACUCAGCGUUGGAAGUGCGAUCAGGACGACGACUGCGGUGACGGCAGCGAUGAGAGAGGAUGUCCGAAUGUGACGUGCUCGAGUGCCGAGUUCAUGUGCUCCAACGGGCGCUGCAUUCCGGACCGCUGGCGGUGCGACCGAGACGUCGACUGCCUCGACGGAUCCGACGAACGCAACUGCCCGACGGACCGCCCGAGCACGUGCAAGGAGCGCGAGUUCCAGUGCGCCAACGGCAUCGACUGCGUCCACGCCUCGUGGCAGUGCGACGGGGACCCCGACUGCCCCGACGAAUCCGACGAGGCCAACUGCACCAACACGUGCCGCCCGGAUCAGUUCCAGUGCGCCAACAUGCACUGCAUCCCGGGGCAGCUCGAGUGCAACGGGCUCGCCGAGUGUCACGACGGCUCGGACGAGGACCACUGCAACACCACCAAGCCGUGCGACCCCCACACGGAGUUCGACUGCGGCGGAAACCACUGCAUCCCCAACAACCUGGUGUGCGACGGCAAGAACGACUGCGGGGCGUACGAGGACGAGCCCAAGGACAGGUGCCACGAGAACGAGUGCGCCAAGAACAACGGCGGCUGCUCCGACAUCUGCCGCGACGACCCGGUCGGGUUCCACUGCGAGUGCAAGCCGGGGUUCAGGCUCACGGAGGACGGCAAGUCGUGCGACGACAUCGACGAGUGUGCGACCCCGGGGUCGUGCUCGCAGACCUGUGUCAACACCAAGGGUGGAUUCAAGUGCGAGUGCAUCGACGGUUACGUGCUUGAGCCAAGGGACCACCACCGAUGCAAGGCCAAAGAGGGUGUGCCCUACCUGCUCUUUGCCAACCGCAAUGACAUCCGCAAGAUUAACCUUGAGACUGGCGAGUACGUCGAGGUGGUCUCCAAGCUGAGGAGCACCAUUGCCACCGACUACAUCUACCGCACCGGAAUGGUUGUCUGGUCUGACACUGUCGACGAAGUCAUUAGCAGUGCACCCAUUGACAAGGGAACCCCGGUCAAGGUGAUCAUUGACAAGGACCUUCACGUUGCUGAUGGCUUGGCCGUGGAUUGGAUCUACAACCACAUUUACUGGACAGACACAGCUCAGAACCUCAUCUCCGUCGCGGACCUUGACGGACGCAUGCGUCGGGCACUAUUCACCGAGGAACUUGAUGAGCCACGGGCGAUCGUUGUUAACCCACUGGAGGGCUGGAUGUUCUGGACCGACUGGGGCAAGCAGCCAAAGAUCGAGCGGGCUGGCAUGGAUGGCUCGCACCGAUCUGCCAUUGUCACCACGGACAUCCUCUGGCCCAACGGACUUACCAUUGACUUUGUGACAAAGCGGCUGUUCUGGGUUGACGCCAAGCUACACCUGAUCAGCAGCGCCAACUACGAUGGCAGCCACCGCCGAGUUGUCCUCUCUUCACCUCUGCUUGUGAAGCACCCAUUCUCCAUCGACGUCUUUGAGGACUGGCUGUACUGGACCGACUGGGAGUCUGAGGUGAUCAACAAGGUGAACAAGUUCAACGGCCAGAACCUUACCCACAUUGCCAAUGGCGUCUUCUCGCCCAUGGAUGUCCACGUCUACCACAGCUACAAGCAACCCCAAGGCGUGAACCACUGCGAGCAGGCCAACGGCAUGUGCUCCCACCUCUGCCUUCCGGCACCAAUCUUGAGCAUCCACUCGGCGCAGUAUGCGUGCGCCUGCCCCAAUGGCAUGGAACUCCAGGAAGAUGGGCGCAACUGCAGGAUUAUGGCGAGUGCGGAAGAAGUACCGAAGGGCUGCGUCCUCUCGAAUGAAACCGUCUCGAGCAGCGACGCUGUCAAUGUGACCGCGCAGGCGGCCACUGCGUCGCCUUCUCCAAACUCCUCCUCUUCCGCUCUUGCACCUUCUUCUUCUUCCUCGUCGUCCUCUCUGCCUUCCUCUGGGUCCAGCCUUCUCUGCAAUGCUUCUGCCGACACAGCGGCGCAGACGUUACCGCCCGCCACCGGCGGGAAGGCCCCCACGGUGCCGGCUGUCACGGACGAGAGCGUGGCGUACAACGCGAGCCACGUCGGCGGCAACGACGUCGCUGGGCCUGUGGCGCCAUCGCUGGACCGCCGGAACCUGUUCUCCCAGCUGGGCUCGGGACACAUUGCUGGCAUCGUCAUGGGCGUCCUGGGCAGCCUGGCUGUCAUCAUCACCCUGGUGGCGUACCUUGUGUACCGACAGUACCUGAGGAGGAACAUUACGAGCAUGAACUUUGACAACCCGGUGUACAGGAAGACAACAGAAGACCAGUUUAGCUUAGAAAAGAACCAGUACCAACCGGCCAGGGCUUACCCCCCGAGCAUGGAACCGCUGACAUCACCAGGCACCAACGAAUUUGUAUAGUGGCCUACCUGCUAGAAGUGUGAAGGCCACGUUCACGUGGCCCGGACAUUAUUUUGCAAUUAGAGAGACUUUGGUUUUCUUCGGCGGCCACAAGUGGUGUGCGUGUGUGUGCCAGGAAGGACGGCCUCAUUGGCAUCCGAGCUUUUCGAGACAGUGCCCUCGAGGUGAGGCCGUGGGCAGAAAUGGCGGGGAGAGAGAGGGCAGGCCUCGGGCUUCUGCCAAGUGCUUUGGUGUCGUCUGCUAGUGGCGUGCAGCAAACUUGGUCUGGACCGUCUGUUGCCGUCGGCGGCUUCUGCAGCAGGGUGUAGUGACGUAGACUGAAUAGUGCGUGACUGGUUGGACACCGGUCGCCAUCUCCACACAGCUUGCCACAAGUGCUGCCAAAUAUCAUCGAGUUACGUGAUGCGCUGACCAGCGUGUCGACAACUUUACCAUUUAAGUCGAAGAGCUUGUGUCGGCAUUGUGGAUGUCCAUCGUUCCUAGCAGCAGAUGGAGGCUACCUUUGCAAGUAGGCAACAAACGGCACUUCUCAUCUUGUAACAGGUGAUCAUUUGUGCAAGCAAGGCGGUGGUCCUUGGUUACUGUAGCAGACGACCAAUCAUCUCCUGGCAGCAGGCGACAGCUUGUUUCUGCAGUGGACGGCUGUAUGCUCGGGAACCUGGUGUGUCUGGUUGGCAGCUCGGUAGCAGACGACCUGCUGGCAUCGUGCAGACGACUGACCAAUUGCAGUGGCCACGUGGCAGACGAUGUCAGAAUGUGUGAAAGGGAGGGCUUGUGACUGUGGCUGUCUUGGGGGUGAUAAGCACGGUGAAUGUUGAAUGUGCAGGAGGAACGAGGCGGGGGGAGAGAGAAGCCCGCAAUGGCGGUGCGGGAUUGCUGUUUCCUGUUCGCCAGAGCUAAACCGGGACUCAUUUUGGUGUCUUUCCCUGUACACUGGCACUUCUGCCGCCGGUGGGCCGCGGCCCUGCAGCUUGCGUGUUUGCGCGAGUGCAUCUCCUAUCUCGCGAGGCAUUGUACAUUGUGUGUAACUGUGUGUGCGCAUCACAAGUGCGGCCAGGGAGACCCAAGUGAAAGAAAAAAAUUUUUUUUUUUUCAAAGCAAAACCGAACCACAUCCGUUUCAGGACUGACCAAGCAUUUGGCAUCCAUUCACACGUGAGCGAUCGGUCGAUUGCUUGAAUCGAACGAGCGAGCGGCUGUUAUUUAUUUUCAGUUACCAUAGAUCUUCUUGCAUCGUGGUUCUGGGCGGGGGAAAGCGAGUUUGGUAGGCUGUGUUUGUGAGUCUUUGGGUAGUCCUUUUCUUCUGUUUUUGUUGUUUUUGAUUUUUGAGUCGAAGGGGUUAUUUAUUUCAUUUUAGCACCUUUUGCACCGAGUGAAAAAAAAUCCAUUUGUUUCAUGAGUAGGAUGCGAGCUUGGGGCUCGAGGAUGAUGUCACGGAAUCUCCCUGGUGCUUAUAUUUGUGAUCCGGUGUGGAGGCAACGAAUCGAACAAGCUUUUAAUAAUGCAUAUUUUCGCAGGCAGUGCGAUUGACAGGUAGCAGGAAAAAAAAAAAAAAAGAAAAUAGCGCAAGGCUGGUCACAGUCAUUGCUGGACUACCACACGGCAAAGCAUAUCCAAGUGGUUCUCGUAUGGCUUGGAGUGUUUGCGGAUAUUUUUUUUAGUCCCCUUUGUACAUUAGCAUCCCGAGAUUGUCGGAAUCACUGUUUUAAUGUAAAUGUAGAAAAAAAAAAUGUGACGACUUAACUUAUUGAUAGUUUCAUUAUUAUAUUACCGGUGUUCAAAUGCAUAGGCAAUGCUUAUUAUGAUUUUCUUGCAGUUGAGCUAUUUUCACUGAGCAUUGUCCACACUGAUAGUGUGUUCAGUUUAUUUUGUGGCAGCAAUUUACACUAGCCAUGCGUUAAAAUAAAAAUCUCGCACGGUGUUCCUCUAGCGCACCUUGCAGAUAUGUUCCAGCAAAUGCAUUUUUUUGUUUCUAAAGCCCCAUGCUUCAUAGAUUUUUCGAAAGUGUUGGGGCAUUGGCUGCGUGUCUUGUAAAACAACUCUAGAACGUCAACUCUGUCAUUUCUUUGUUGGUUGCACAUGGUGUGGCUCUUUGGAUGUUCUUUGUCCAUGUGUAAUGUGAGUGUUUUGAGAGUCCACGUGGGACCGCUGCUUACGAAGCAAGUUAUUGGCCGUCGCUUUUAAGGUUCCUGCUUGUUGACCUUGCAAUGUUCUUGAGGCGGCGGAACUUCCAUUCUUUUACCAGUGCUUGUUGCUCACGUGCAAUCGGCGUUGACGGCUCCGCCUCCGACACGAUUCAUCAUCAAAUGUGUGACGAAUGCCACUGACCUCGAGUGGUCGAGGAACUUAGCUGAAACGUGCGCUUGGCGCCGGCUGCGUGAAACUGUUAAUGCGGCAUUUUUGUUGAUUUUACAUUUCCCCCCCCACGAGGGGUUGCGAAUGGUCAAAAAAAUGUACAUAGACACUUUUUGUUUGCCAUCCCUUAUGCUUUAGCCCGAGACAAGUAACCGAUUACCCUAACCAUUGAAAGCAAGCUUUCUUCGUUAACUCCAUUGUAUAGAAACAAGUGUACGAGCUGGCAUGAAUCAAGGUUUCAUUUGUGAGUGGCUAACUUCAUACCCUUGACUAUCGUCGAACUCGACGAUUCACAAUGUUCACUCUUGUCGACAACAAUUUUCAUGAAACCUUGUAGGCUUCUUUAAGUUGUUUUUUUUUUUUCUGACCAAGAAAAAGAAAGCUAAUUAUGUAUGCUUGCUUCCUCUUCAUUUCUUUUUACAUCCACUUCGGGAGUUUAUCUCCUCAAAGAUAUUGAUCUGCCCAUUUUUACACGCCGAAACAUUUGGCUAAGAAACGGCCUGUCUUUGGUCGUCACAUUGGCAAGCUUUGCGGCGCUGCACCUGUUGCCGAAAUCGCACCUUGCACGUUACUAUAAUUUUUCUAGACCCCCCCUCGUAUUCCUAGCCCCACCCUACCCUCUUAACAGAGGAUUGUUGACUUACGAUUAUAAUUAUUAUCGUUAUUUAUAAUAAAUGCACGCGUGACUCGAAACGUGCGUGACGUGUGGCACCACACUUUUGCUUUCCUAACGUGCCGCUCGGCUGGCUAAAAAACAUUGUGUACAUUUCCGUCUCCCGUUGCGGGCGUUUUUUUGUUUUCUUCCCUCCUACGAGUUAGUUACUCGGCCACACGGAAGUUCCUGUCCAAAGCGCCGUGCUGUCUUCUGAUCUUGUACGUGUCCUCCCCUUUUGUUUCGGUCAGUCUCGGAUUCUAGUGCUUUGUGAUAUAUACAUAUACAUAUAUAAAUAUGAAUGCAGCAGUUGUUGUUGCUAAGCUGUUUCUGUGUGCGUGCGGUCUGUUGUGCAUACUUGUUUCCUCUGCCUUCUUUUCACAUCUGUAUACAUAGCAUUGAGUGUACUGGUCAUUUCUGUUCUCAGAUUAGUUGCCGCCUCGCGUGCAAUUCGUUCCAGUUCUCCUUUUUUUUUCUUUUGUACAAAGUUGUCUACCCAAGUGUAAGGUACGAAAUAAAAGAAAAAAUCUGAUUUCACUAAGUAA